GUUCAGUCUGCUCGCUGAAUUCGCCGCGUUCGCUCCGUUCGCUCUGUUCUGUUCUGUUCCGUUCGCCUCGUUUGGCCCGUUCGUUUUGGCCAGAUUCGCUUUUUGUGUUCCCGUUGUACAACAACAACAAUAACAACUAGUAUAAUAAGUUAAGCUUAAAGUACAAAAAAAAUAGAAAAGAAAAAAGAAACACCACAACCAACAACAACCAACCAACAACCACAUAUAAUUAAUCAAUCAUUUAACGGAGUAAAUUCAUAAAUAUAUAAUAAAUGCAAAUGACAAGAAAAUAACGAAAACGACAACAACAACAAGUCACAAGCAACAACACACAUCGGCAGCAUAAUAAUUAACAACCAACAACAACAACGGAUCAAUACCAAAGAUGGAGGCAAAAUUCUUGGCUGGCGCUCUUUCAUUCCUCUCGAUAUUUUUAGCGAUUAAUGCUCAAUCACUUGAUAAGCUGGUGCCAAACUAUGAUAAUAUCGAGCAUCAAAUGAAAUUUUACGACAUCAAAACGCCGCUGGUUCUCAGCUGCAACGUGAAAGAAGAUACGUCGAGCGUUCUUAUAUGGAAAAAGAACGGCACCGCUGUGACGGAGGUGCCUUCGCUAAAGGGUCGCUUUAAGAUAAUCGCAGCCGAGAAUAAGUUCAUCAUCGACAAGACGGAUGUAAGCGAUGAUGGCGAUUACAGUUGCGAGAUCGACGGAGAGUCCAAGAUAAUCAAAGUGAUUGCCCGCGUUGUUGUAAGAGUGCCUUCAAAUACAGCCGUUGUGGAGGGAGAGAAGAUGUCGGUGACUUGCACCGUUGUGGGUACCGCACCACAGUUGAUAUGGACUUUUGGCAAUGUAACGCUGACAAACUCAACGGAUCGCUUCGUCCUCAAACCAGAAAACAAUGUCCCCAACGCCAUUCUGACACUGGACAAUGUGACAUUGCAAGACAGAGGCGAGUACAAAUGCAUUGGACGCAAUGCGGCCAAUGACUAUGGUGUGAACGGCACCAGCACUGCUCCUGCCAGCGACUUCACAACUGUGCGUGUUAAGGGCAAAUUUGCCGCCUUGUGGCCUUUCCUGGGCAUCUGUGCUGAGGUGCUGAUUCUGUGCAUCAUCAUUCUCAUCUAUGAGAAGCGACGCAACAAGAGCGAACUGGAGGAGAGUGAUACUGAUCCUCAAGAACAGUAAGUGUGCCAACUCUCCAACCCAACACACCAAUCAACCAACCUACCAACCAAUCAACACCACAACAAACAAAAAACCAACAACAUAAACUGUCAACACCAAAUAAUAUUAAACAUCAGCAAACAAACAAAAACAAACAAACAAAAAACAACAACCGAAACGCAGCAGAAGAGGAAAAAAGUUGAAAUUUUAGUUUUAUACUGCAAAUUAAAGACGUUGAAGCUGCAGGCAAAUGCAAAUGCGAAUGCAGACCAGACACACCAACAUAACCAUACGGAAACGGAUAACAGAUACAGAUACAUAUACAUAUACAAAUACAGAUACAAAUACAGAUACGGAGAAGCAACGUACUUACGGACGGACAAACAAACGGACGGAGGAGCAGCAGCUACAACAAUUAGUGAAAUUUUCUUAGUUAACAAUUUCUAAUAGUUACCACAAUGGAAAAAAAGAAGGAAAAUUAAUGAAUUUUUGUGUUUGACGCAAGCGACGGAUACGCAAUAAAAUGAAAAGUUAAAGGUUAAGAAAUUAUAUAGUUUUUGCUAAUUUUGUAUUAUAAUGAAGUCCAUUGUGCCUGGAGUGUCGCAAGGAAAAUAAUGAAAUAUCGAGACCCAGAGAAGUGAAAUGAAGAGAGUGAACACAAAAAGCUUAACUUUUAGGUUUCUACCUUUUUCGAUGUGUGCUAAGCGAAUGCAAAUAUAUUCCUGAUCCGUAUAUUUGUUUCGCCCAAAACUCUGACAAACACAAAACGGAAACGGAAACACAAAACGAACGCACACAGACACAACUCAUUCACACCAACACACCCGAGAGUUAAAACACAAUAUGUAGUUCUCUAGAUAUAAAUAUGAUAAAUUUAAUUCAUCGUAAAUAUGCCUUUUAAUUUCUUUGCCUUAUUCAAAUCGAAAAAUCGUUUUUUCGCUGUGCUUGUCUCUGUUGCUUAAAAAAUAAACUACAAACAAAACUUAAUGAAAAAUAAUUACACAUAAACGAAACCUUUCUUUUUAUGUUAAAGUCCAGUCCAUAAUAUUAUUAUUAUUAUCAUGUAAAGGAAUACGACAAGAAAAUGUUAUCAACUUUCUUUUUAAGUACUUAUUGUUUAAUUAUAUACAUUAAAAAGAAAACCACAUUUAAAAAAAAAAAACACAAAAACACCGUAAGCGAAGCAAAAGUUUUUAUUUUGCUUUGGAGGAAUACAAAACAGAAUUAAUCGUUACUUAUGUAUAUUAUAAAUCACUAUAUAAGCUUAUUAAUUUCUUGGCAGUGAAUCAAACAUACACACGAAAACAGAAAUCGUAGCUCAACACUUUCGCAUUGAUUUGGAAUUAUAAUUAGAAUUAUUUGUAUAUUGUACACAAAAGAGUAUUUUCCCCUACCCAAAAGCCCCUCAGCCCCAAACCUCUAGUUUGCGCACUUUAUGUUUUUUGUCGCCUCUGUUGAUUUUGCCGUGUAUAAACUUGAAAACUUGAAUGAUUUUGAUUCUUUGUAUCCUAGUAUCUAAACACUUGUGCUAUUCUUUACCGAUUACAACUAUCCAUUAUGAUUUUGUGCGUUUUGAGAUUGAUUUCUACCGAAAUAUAAAACAAACAACAACAAAAAAUACAAUUGUAAAUUAAACAAAAAGAAAAAAUA